AUGCAAGAGAGAGAAAGAGAGAGGGGGGCUUUGAGAGCGGCAUUAGAGAGCGAUUACGCUGCUUGCACUACGUUAGUCCCUGUCGUUCGUAAUCGUAUCGCCAUUUGUCGUAGGUCGGCUUUCUCGGUGACGCAACAAGAAGCCUCGUGGGUUGCGUCGUUGUCGAUGCUGGGCGCAUGGUUCGGCGCUAUGAUCGGCGAUUGGAUAAUGAGGAGGGGUCGCAGAUUGGCGCUCCGUGUCACGUCCUUGCCGCUGGCCGUCGUCUGGAUCCUCACGGGCAUCGCACCCUGCGUCGAGUUGGUCUACGUCACCAGCUUCAUCGGCGGACUAUGCUGCUCCGUGAUCACUAUGGUGGCCCAGGUGUAUAUAUCGGAGAUCUCGAUGCCGGGGAUCAGGGGUUGUCUGUCGGCGAUGCUGAAGGUGCUCGGCCACGUCGGCGUGUUACUGUCGUACAUCGCGGGCACGUACCUGAAUUGGCGGCAGAGCGCGUUGCUGGUAGCCAUAGCGCCGUCGAUGCUCUUUCUGGGGACACUGUUCAUACCCGAAACGCCGUCGUACCUCGUCCUCAACGGCAAGGACGACGAGGCUGCCAACAGCCUGCAAUGGCUGCGCGGUGAUCACGUCGACAUACGUCACGAACUGCAGGUGAUCAAAACGAACAUCCUCGCCUCGCGAGCGAAGCAGUACGAGCUGACGUUCAAGAACAGCAUGUUCACACCGCGGCUGUACAAACCGAUCGCCAUUACCUGCGGAUUAAUGUUCUUCCAACGGUUUUCUGGGGCGAACGCGUUCAAUUAUUACGCGGUCAUUAUAUUCCGUCAGACGCUCGGCGGCAUGAAUCCUCACGGCGCGACCAUUGCAAUCGGCUUCGUGCAAUUAUUGGCUUCUCUGUUAUCAGGAUUCCUGAUCGACAUCGUGGGCCGGCUACCGUUGCUGAUAGCCAGCACGGUGUUCAUGUCGCUGGCGUUGGCGGGUUUCGGCAGUUAUGCCUACUACGUGUCGCAGACGCAAAAUCUAGGGUAUCCGGACUCGGCGGUGGUCGGCCAACACGACUGGAUACCGUUGCUCUGCGUGCUCGUCUUCACGACCGCUCUGGCACUGGGCAUAUCGCCAAUUUCGUGGUUAUUGAUUGGCGAGCUCUUUCCCCUGGAGUAUCGCGGCCUCGGCUCGAGCAUCAGCACCAGCUUCAGCUACUUCUGCGCGUUCGUCGGGAUCAAGCUCUUCAUGGACUUUCAGCAGACAUUCGGCCUGCACGGAGCGUUCUGGUUCUACGCGGCGGUCGCUGUAUGCGGGCUGUGUUUCGUGGUGUGCUGCGUGCCAGAGACCAAAGGGAAACAACUGGACGAGAUGAAUCCGGACUACGCGCAGGCACGGUAGUAUAAGGCCUCGUUGACGGGGGGAUUGUCGAACCUGGAGAAAUCCAACAAACCCCUGCCAGGAGGAGCCUAUCCGAAUCAGCACGACCCGAGGGAGCUGUACAGCUCGAACCCAGGAGCCAUGGAUGUUCCAACAACGUCCCGCCAGACGCCGAGCUACAGAAGCAAUCAUCGCAAACUGUCCGAUUAUUGCAACAUCUUCGCCGAGAAGACAAACCGAAUCGGCCGGAACGUCGAGAGUUUCAUGCAGUCGCGCGGAUUUUUCGCGGCGCGUCGUUCCACCGACGAAAGCUCGCGCAGCAACGUGACGAACGUAACGCACCGAAGCAACGGAGACGUGAUCAGAAACGACUAUCGAUUCCCCGACUCGAGGCUGGCCGAACGAGCCGAGGUACGCGACGAGAAUCAGCAUCGUUACGGUCGAAUUGGACGGAGCCGACGAUUGGAGAGACCCGCCUAUCCGAAGAACGUUUAUCCAGAGGACGUCCUCUGCCCGGAGGAAAGGGGGAGCGCCGCGUCUAAUUACGCGGAUCGCGAUGUGGAGACAACGCAGUCUCGACAACGAGUUCGCCAACGCGAUUACACGGUGGCGUACGAGGACAGCGAGGACCUCUGGAGAGGCUGCUGGAGAGGCGUUUCCGGUGAUUUAAACGGUCUCUCAGGGUCUAAGCCGAGCCUGAGGAACGGCAUUAGUUACGGGAGGGGUGAGAGGCUUUACAGCUCGACUUUGCCCAGGCGAAGCAGAACCAUCAAUUUCAGAGAUCAGCCGAGCAGUUCCCUCGAGUCGCGGCGUGGCUAUCUGAGAAGCUUGCAGGACCUCUCGGACCUCGAGCUGGACGACAGGCCGCGAGAUCUCGCAGACUCGUCUUUUCUAUCGUCGAACAGAGACGACUGGAGGAGCGACAGGCAGCUGGUUGCAGCACAGGACGAUGGUUACAGGCGUCGAAGAUACCGGGAGAACCGACUCGAGGACGAUUAUCUCAGGCUCUACAGGAGCUUAUCCAGGCUUAGCAAAUACCCCCAGGGUGGCCAGUACGAACCUGGUCAAGUACACUACGAGAGGGAAUGCAGAACGUUCGGCAAGGACACGGUCGCCUUCAUUUAUUACAAAACGUGCUACUUGUGAUGCACGAGGCUACCUCGAUGACGACAGCGGAUCAUCAAAGGAUCCAUAUGCUUUGCGACUCGUCGACAACGAGCAAGAUCGGCCACCUGAUUUCCGCUCGAUGCUCGUUCUUCCGAUGCAGUUUCGCGAUUCAGUUUUCGAUUGAUUGACGCGGACAGGAAAUUUUCGUGGUUUAUUUUUCGCGCAGUUUUGAAUGUACUCGAGUAUUACAAUAUUUUUUCUUUCAAAUGAUGAAUCACCUUGAUUCACGAGAAUCUCUCGCAGAAGGAGAAAGAGAGAGAAGGAACGACUUGGUCUUUUCGUCAAAGCAAGAUCUCACUAGAUUACUCUCGUUCAGUUCCUCGAUCGAUUUCAUACGAGCUUUCCUUUUCAGUUUGACCCGAAGUCGGCGUAUAAGAUUGGUCAGAAACGCGCGCGUGUUCGAUCGAACGAACGAGCGACGAGCCUCCCUAAUCCUAACGAUCUUCGAGUACUUGACGUGUAACAUUCUAAAGAAGACUUGUGUCGAGUAAUCAAAAAUAAAAAGAAAAAGGUACAAUUUAUAUGAACGUAGAAUAGAGGUUUAACGAUUAUAAAUAGAGGAUAACUUAAAGUUAAAGAUUUAAGGACGCAGCGAGACGUUCGAGUGUUGAUUCUUCCUCUCUCUGACCAGUUUUAUGCUCACUUUCGAUACUGUAAGUCGUAUAAAUCGAGUCGAAUAAGAUCUCCUUUCCAAGCCACACGACUGAAUUACGUAAAUUACGUAUUAGAUAUCAUCUUCGUGAUUUGCCUUGCGAAACGUUGAACGAUAUUUUGACCAAGAAGCGCAUUAAAUUAGCAUACACGUUAUUUU